CUGGCAGUUGGGCGUGCCUCAGUUUCCCGGAGGCGGGGCAUUCCUCCGUCGCCGCCCCCCACCUCCCCUUUUUCCUCUUCCUCUUGGGGCUUCUGCAGCCGCGCCUCUAGCACUCCCGGAACUGAAACUAGGUGCCAGACGGUCCGGAGGCGGGGGCCACGUCAGCGGGGCCACCCCGGGCUCGCGGGGUCCCAGCGGGCGCCAUGCGGAGGGGCGCGCUCCUAGCGGGCGCGCUGGCCGUGUACGUCGCGUACCUGGUGCUGGGCGCGCUGCUGGUAGCGCGGCUUGAGGGGCCGCACGAAGCUCAGCUCCGAGCCGAGCUGGAGACACUGCGGGCGCAGCUGCUGCAGCGCAGCCCGUGUGUGGCGGCCCCUGCCCUGGACGCCUUCGUGGAACGAGUGUUGGCGGCCGGACGGCUGGGGCGCGUCGUGCUUGCCAAUGCUUCGGGGUCCGCCAACGCCUCGGACCCUGCCUGGGACUUCGCCUCUGCUCUCUUCUUCGCCAGCACGCUGGUCACCACCGUGGGCUAUGGGUACACAACGCCACUGACUGACGCGGGCAAGGCCUUCUCCAUUGCCUUCGCACUCCUGGGUGUGCCGACCACUAUGCUGCUGCUGACCGCGUCGGCCCAGCGCCUGUCGCUGCUGCUGACUCACGCGCCCCUGUCUUGGCUGAGCAUGCGUUGGGGCUGGGACCCCCGGCGGGCGGCCUGCUGGCACUUGGUGGCCCUGCUGGGGGUCAUAGUGACCAUCUGCUUUCUGGUGCCAGCUGCGAUCUUCGCCCACCUCGAGGAGGCCUGGAGCUUCCUGGAUGCCUUCUACUUCUGCUUUAUCUCUCUGUCCACCAUUGGCCUGGGUGACUACGUGCCCGGGGAGGCCCCUGGCCAGCCCUACCGGGCCCUCUACAAGGUGCUGGUCACAGUCUACCUCUUCGUGGGCCUGGUGGCCAUGGUGCUGGUGCUACAGACCUUCCGCCACGUGUCCGACCUCCACGGCCUCACGGAGCUCAUCCUGCUGCCCCCACCGUGCCCUGCCAGCUUCAACGAGGAUGAGGACGAUCGGGUGGACAUCCUGGGCCCCCAGCCGGGGUCGCACCAGCAACUCUCUGCCAGCUCCCACACCGACUACGCUUCCAUCCCCAGGUAGCUGGGGUAGGCCCUGCCAGCCUUGGGUGUGCCUGGCCUGGGACUGAGGGGCCCAGACGACCAGAGCUGGCUGUACAGGAAUGUCUGUGAGCACAGCAGGCGAUCCUGAGGCCUUGCCGCCCACCGUCUCUCCUUUGUUUCCCAGCAUCUGGCUGGGAUGUGAGGGGCGGCACUCCCUGUCCCCAUGUCCCGGGCUGCACUGGGCACCAACAUGACCUUGUUCUCCGUCCUCUCUCUCAUCCUCUUUACACUGUGUCUCUCUGGCUCUCUGGCAUUCUCGCUGUCUCUGUCUUUCCCUCUUGCUGUCUCUGUUUCUCAUUCUCUUUCAUGUUCUGUCUGUGUCUCUCAAUUGACCACUCGUCAAUUGCUGAUUCUACCGGGCUCUGGCCUCGGACCUCAUUUCAGGCACCAGAUUGGUCACUACACCCUGGACAAGUGACUGACCGUCUCUGAGCCCUGAUUUCCUCAGCUGCCAAAUGGGAAGAAUAGACGAAUUCACCCCUAAGCCCCUCCUGUGUGCUGGCCCUGUGCUAGACAGUGCUGGAGAUAGAGUUGGGGGUGGAGAACUGCCCUUAUGGAGCUUGCAGUCCAGUGAGGUGGACAGACCUGUCCCCAGACAGUGAUGGCCCAAAAUGGGCAGGACUUUAAUGGAGGAGGUGAGGUGAUAAAAGCACAGGCAGAGUGGUCAGGGCUGAAGUCGGAGAAGCACAGGGACUAGGCCCAAUCCAGUCUAGAAGGUCAGGGAGGACUUCCUGGAGGAAGGGACAUCGAACUAAGACCUGAACUAUGAGAAAUAGGUGGGAAGAAGUUGUACCUGACUCAUUUUUCUCAGGUGUCUCCAGGGAGCAGGACCCAUGGAGGGAACCCUGGUGUAGGCCUAGGCAGUAGACUCUUCCUCAGCAGCCUGGCAGGCAGGAAACAGACAUAGGACCCGAGCCCAGAUCUGAAUGGCACGGAGGUGCUGCCCGUAACCCUGACACCAUUGUAAGAGCUGUCCGCAUUUGUAUGUUGUGCUAAUUGUAUGUUGUGCCCUGGGCCCUGGAAUCAUCCUUGUUGAGCUCAAAUCCCAACUUAGCCUUAUCUGGCCUGUGUCCUUGGGCAGUCACCCUACCUCUCUGAUUUCUUUUCCUUAUCUGUAAAAUGGUGAUCAUCAUAAUACAACUUCAAAAGAGA